AUGGUUAAUAUGGCAAGCGACGAUGACUUCGAAAUAGAGGUUCCCGACCUGGCAGAGGAUGACCCCAUGCGAGCCUUCCUUCCAACCUCGUUUGGCAAGAAGUCCAAAGAAGCGAACAUUGCGGCCCAGAUCGACAGAAGUAAGAGGAACGCGGACAGCAAGGCCCGUGCUGGUGCCCUAGAUGCAAGGAUAUCGGAGGGAAAGAAACCCCAGCCCAAAGGGAGUUCUAGUGAUAGUGACGACAGCGAUGACGAUUCGGACGAUUCAGACGACGGAGACGAGUAUCCAGUCUCGCACGAACUUGUUUUGAAGACACACAACCGUGCGGUCACCACGGUUUCCUUGGAUCCUUCUGGAGGUCGACUGUUAACAGCCUCCCUGGAUUGUGUGAUUAAUUUUCACGACUUUGCUUCCAUGACACCAACAACACUACGAGCAUUCAAGACCGUUGACCCUUACGAAACGAAGAAAUCCGCAGCCACCGCUGAAUCGCACCCUAUCCACCACGUGGAAUUCAACGAGCUUUCCGGAGGCGUUUUCCUAUGUGUUUCUGCACACCCGCAGGCCAAAAUCAUGUCAAGAGAUGGUGGAAUCCUCACUGAAUUCGUCAAAGGAGACAUGUAUCUCAGAGACAUGAACAACACGAAAGGACACAUUUCAGAGAUCACUGGCGGAACAUGGCACCCGACAGACAAGAAUCUUUGCAUCACGGCCGGCACGGAUAGCACAUUACGGAUAUGGGACAUCAACAAUAAGCGGUCUCAGAAGGAGGUAGUGGUGUUCAAGUCUAAAGCUGCUGGCUCAGCUGGCAGAACAAAAAUGACAGCGGUAGCCUGGGGCAAGCCAUCUCAGGGCGGCAAUAAUGUGCUCGUGAGUGCAGCGCUCGACGGGACCUUGGUCAUGUACGGCGGCAAUGGACCGUUCACUCGACCUGCGGGUGAAAUCCAAAACGCCCACAAGCCAAAUACCUGGACUAGCGGCAUUGAUAUUUCUUCUGAUGGCCGCAUGGUAGUUACACGAGGAGGCGACGAUCUGAUCAAGCUUUGGGAUACCAGAAAAUUCACCAAACCUCUUGUCAGCGUCUCUCAUACAUCUACGUCGGACCACUUCCCGACCAGCAAUAUUCAAUACUCGCCAAACUCCACCAGCAUCAUUACCGGUUCGGAGACAGGCCAUUUACAUAUUCUAAACCCUGGCAACCUUCGGGCUGAACACGUGACUCCUAUAACACCCGGGUCGGCUUUGAUUACCGUGAACUGGCAUCCAAGGAUCAACCAGAUUAUUACAGGUUCGGCGAAUGCUGAAACGCACGUCUUGUAUAACCCAACAACAUCGAACCGCGGUGCCGUGGAGGUCAUGUCUCGAGCACCGAAGAAGCGACAUAUCGACGAUGACCCGAAUUUGACGAUGGAUCAAGGGCUAGGCAUGUCUGGAGACGCAAUUAUCACACCUGGUGCCCUGCCUGGUGCUAAGAAGUCGGGUGUGACUGGGACUGGGCGCUCGAAGGAUCCACGCCGACCCCACGUCCCUCAGCAAACUCCAUUUCAAAAGAAUCAACCAGACGAGAAGCAUGUUGCUGAGAACAUCCCACUUGCUCGCAUGUUACAUGAGGAUCCUCGGGAGGCGCUACUGAAGUAUGCCGACAAGGCCCAAAAUGACCCGAUCUUUACCAAAGCAUGGAGUAAGACACAGCCCAAGACACAGUACGCAGAGCUGAGCGACGAAGAGGAGGAGAAGCCGGACAAGAAGAAGGUGAAGAGGUGA